AUGGGCUCCAAAAGCCUCACACCUCGCCAUGAAUCCUUCUUUCCAACAUUCUUCUACCGCACCCAAUUCAAGGAAAAGCACAGCGGCCUUCCACGCGGUCUCGAUCUCACUUCACAAACAGCCAUCAUAACAGGCGCCAACGCGGGUCUAGGCUUCGAGUGCUGCAAACAGCUUCUAGCGCUCCACCUUUCCCAUCUCAUCCUGGCAGUUCGCUCGCCAACGAAGGGAGAGACGGCUGCAGCGGUGCUAAGGAAACAAUAUCCUAAGGCGAAAAUUGAGGUAUGGCAGCUCGAUAUGUGUAGCUAUAAGUCUGUGCAGGCCUUUGCGCAACGGGUGGAGCAGGAGACUGCGACGGUCGAUAUCGUGGUGCUCAAUGCUGGGAUCGUGAAGCCUUCGUAUACUCCAGCUCCGGAGACUGGACAUGAGGAGAGCAUGCAGGUGAACUACCUCUCCACCGUCCUACUGGCGAUCCUCCUCCUCCCAACCCUUCAAUCCAAGCGAGCUCCCGGUCAACCUCCCGCCCGUCUGACAAUGGUGAACUCCGGCCUCUCCUUGACCGGCAAAUUCCCGCUCAACCCGAAGAAACCCGGCUCCCCGAUCCUCGCCUCCUUCGACGAUGCCAAGCCUUCAGUCCCACGACCUGGUACAACGCCUCCAAAACCCUCAUGCACCUCUUCCUUUGGAGACUGA